AUGAAAUUUUUCACAAGUAUCGUUUUCCUUAUCUACACUCUUGCAGCUACUGUGCUUGCAGCUCCAUUGGACAAGAGAAUCUAUCAGCCAACAUCAGCAGUAUUCUCACUUAUUGCUCACCACAAGGGAGCCAUCUUCCAGUACAACUUAGUUAAGUUCGAUGGAACUGAAUUAGUUUUGGAUGCUGAUGAUGCCGCAUUUUUCGGUCGUAUCAAGGGAAGUACUGGUUACACAUUAAACUUACCCAAGGCCAAUGUUAACUCAUCUUCAAACUCAACUUCGAACUCAACUGCGUUAGCUUCAACUACCAGUGUUAUUGUUAACAGCAAAAACCAACUUAUUACUUCUAAAACUGGAGUCAAUGCUUCCGAAGACUUCGGAGUUGAAAAAUCUUUACUCACCUACAAGGGUUCCAAUAAGUUUGUUGCCUGUCCAGAUAGAUCUUACAAGCAGCAAUAUGGAAUCUUCUUCCAAGGUAAUGUCACUAACUCUAGUACAAUCUGUCCAAACAACGCUACCGGGUAUGAAAUCCAAUUGAUGAUUCAAGUUGAUGCAACUCUCAACUAUUCCCCAGAAACAAACAAAAAUACCAUAUCCACAAGGUUUAUUAACACCUUGAAGAGAGCCGUUCGUGCUUAA